ACUUUAUAUUAAAUAAUAAAAUGCAAAAUUUAUCCUCCUUUUAUUCAUCUAGAGUCACAUCACGUGUAUCUUACGUGCAAGCAUAAUUAGUUAAACAUACAAAAUUAACAAAUGAUGAAGCUUCUAUGUCUGUAAAUAACAGAGGAAGAAGAGUAAAGUCGGUGGUGGUAAUGGUGGAGUGGUGGUGAUAUAAUCCAUACACUGACUCAAGCUGAUAUCUUUUUCAGAUUUGGAAGGACCCCAUUUGAGAAUUUCACAAAAAUGGGUGGUGGGUUCGCUCUACGCUCGGCUUUCGAUUCCAAAUCUGGCCGACUCAUUAUGCUCUUACUCUUAGUAAUGGUUGCUUCCUUCUAUGCCGGCACCCUCUUUGGAAAUCAAGCUCCCAUUUACGUUUCUCAGCUCGAUUCCCACAAUUCUUCAGCUUCUUCAUCUCUUGGAGUCGGUAAUUCAUCGUCUACAAACCAUUCGUUGUUUACAAAUAAAGUUGCUCUUUCAUACCGAAGAACGCCAACUGAGAUACCUGAUAGUGGUUUGGAUGUAUGCCCGUUGACAUUUAACGAGUAUAUCCCCUGUCAUAAUGUUACUUAUGUUAAGCAGUUGCAAAACUUAGAUCUCUCCAGAAGAGAGGAACUUGAAAGACACUGUCCCCCACUUGAUAAGAGACUGUUUUGCUUAGUCCCGCCACCAGAAGAUUAUAAGAUUCCAAUUAGAUGGCCAACCAGUAGGGAUUAUGUGUGGCGAAGCAAUGUGAAUCAUACACAUUUAGCUGAAGUCAAAGGGGGACAAAAUUGGGUGCAUGACAAAGGUGAAGUGUGGUGGUUUCCCGGUGGUGGUACCCAUUUCAAACAUGGUGCACCUGAAUACAUCCAGAGGCUGGGAGAUAUGAUAACAAACGAGACAGGUAAUCUACAGUCUGCAGGGGUGUCCCAAGUUUUGGAUGUGGGAUGCGGUGUUGCUAGCUUUUCAGCUUAUCUUCUUCCCUUGGAUAUACAGACAAUGUCAUUUGCACCUAAAGAUGGUCACGAGAAUCAAAUUCAGUUUGCUUUAGAGCGAGGAAUUAGUGCAAUGAUUUCUGCUAUAGCCGCAAAACAACUUCCGUACCCCUCUAGUUCUUUUGAGAUGGUACACUGUUCAAGAUGCCGUGUGGAUUGGCAUGAGAAUGAUGGUAUUCUACUAAAAGAAGUGAAUCGCCUUUUGCGAACAAAUGGAUACUUUGUCUAUUCUGCCCCACCUGCUUAUCGGAAGGACAAAAACUAUCCAGCGAUUUGGGAGAAAUUGGUUAACAUAACCUCUGCAAUGUGUUGGAAACUCAUAGCUCAAAAAGUUCAGACCGCUAUCUGGAAAAAGGUGGAUGAUCAAUCAUGUCUCAUGCGUAAUGCUGAUGAUAACAUUUUAGAUAUAUGUGAUUCUGUAGAUGACUCUGCUGCAUCAUGGAAUACACCACUCAGAAAUUGUGUUCAAGUCAAGGGUGCACAAACACAUCCUCAAGAACUUCCUUCUAGACCCGAGCGACUAUCUGUGUAUUCACAAAGUCUUAGCAGAAUAGGUAUUAGUCAGGAGGAAUUUGCUUCAGAUACAGCCUUUUGGCAAGAGCAAAUUAGUAAAUACUGGAGGCUUAUGAACGUCAACGAGACAGAAGUGCGAAAUGUCAUGGAUAUGAAUGCUUUCUGCGGUGGAUUUGCUGUAGCAUUGACUGCAUCGCCUGUUUGGGUGAUGAAUAUAGUUCCUGCUAGCAUGAAGAAUACUUUGUCAGCCAUUUAUGAUCGCGGUCUGGUUGGUGCUUUUCAUGAUUGGUGCGAACCGUUCUCAACUUAUCCUCGCACGUAUGAUAUGUUGCACGCCAACCAUCUUUUCUCUCACUAUAAAAACCGCGGGGAAGGCUGCACGCUCGAAGAUAUCAUGCUGGAGAUGGAUCGCAUUGCACGACCUCAGGGAUUUAUUAUAAUUCGAGACGAAGAAGUCAUCACCUCGAGAAUUCAAGCUCUUGCUCCAAAGUUUUUGUGGGAUGUUGAAUCCCAUGUCCUAGAAAAUCAAGAAAAGAAGAAAGAAUCGGUGUUAAUCUGUCGAAAGAAAUUCUGGGCAAUCGUCUGAGUGAGAGGUUCAUUUAUGUUAGAGAAAGAGCUUGAAUUUUUUUCUUUUGCUCAUGUAAGUUGUUUCUUCUUGUAUCUGUUGAAAUGGUAGGAUGAAGUUAGGUAUAAAUGUUUCACACUUAUAUUCAUUACUCAUUACUUAAUCUUUAUGUAAAUGUGUAGAGUACUACUACUUGGCAUUUUAUGUGUUCAUGUCAUGUGAGGAAUACCAAUUUGAUUCCUUCCUAA